CAGCCGCUCUAAGGAGACGCGGCGAACGGCUGACUGAUUUGAGGCGGCGGCGAUUGAUUCUUGCGGCGAGGCCGGUCUGCGAUGUGUUGUUUGUGAGAGGCCGAGGGCGAGGGAGGGUGGAGCGCCAUGAACCUGAGGGGCUUGUUUCAAGAUUUUAAUCCGAGCAAAUUUCUUAUCUAUGCUUGCCUGCUGCUGUUCUCAGUUCUGCUUUCCCUCCGUUUGGAUGACAAAAUUCAAUGGAGCUACUGGGCAGUGUUUGCUCCAGUAUGGUUGUGGAAGUUAAUGGUCAUCGUGGGUGCCUCAGUAGGAACUGGAGUAUGGGCACGGAACCCACAGUAUCGAGCAGAAGGAGAAACGUGUGUGGAGUUCAAAGCCAUGUUAAUUGCAGUGGGCAUCCACUUGUUACUGCUGAUGUUUGAAGUGCUAGUAUGCGAUGGAAUUGAGAGAGGAACCCGCUUUUGGCUUCUGGUCUUCAUGCCAUUGUUCUUUGUGUCUCCAGUGUCAGUUGCAGCUUGUGUGUGGGGAUUUCGGCAUGACAGAUCUCUGGAGCUGGAAAUCCUGUGUUCUGUCAAUAUUCUUCAGUUCAUAUUUAUUGCACUCAGACUGGAUGAGAUUAUCAAGUGGCCAUGGCUGGUUGUCUGUGUUCCUCUGUGGAUCUUGAUGUCCUUUCUGUGCUUGGUUGUACUUUAUUACAUCGUCUGGUCUGUCUUAUUCUUGCGCUCAAUGGAUGUGAUUGCUGAGCAAAGGAGAACUCAUAUAACAAUGGCCAUCAGUUGGAUGACAAUUGUGGUUCCCUUACUCACCUUUGAAAUCCUGUUGGUGCACAGAUUGGAUGGACACAACACAUUCUCAUAUAUACCCAUAUUUGUUCCUCUUUGGCUUUCACUGAUAACUUUAAUGGCCACAACGUUUGGGCAGAAGGGAGGCAAUCAUUGGUGGUUUGGAAUACGCAAAGACUUCUGUCAAUUCCUGCUUGAAAUUUUCCCGUUCCUAAGAGAAUAUGGUAACAUUUCUUACGAUUUGCAUCAUGAAGAUAAUGAGGAAACAGAAGAAACUCCUGUACCAGAACCUCCCAAAAUAGCUCCAAUGUUUCGAAAGAAGACUGGUGUGGUCAUUACCCAGAGUCCUGGUAAAUAUGUUAUACCACCUCCAAAACUAAACAUUGAUGUGCCAGAUUAAAACUGAAUGUCAGAAGUGUGUGGCACAUGGCCAGGUCAGACUCCUCCCUAUAAAAUUACACCUGAGAAUCAGUGGCCAGUGUUGUUUUAUCUCAUGCCUUGUAAUGUUUUAAUUUUGUUUAUGGAUAGAUGGUCUUUAGUGGCUGCAAGGUAGGUAAUGGAGAUUUGAUUUAAUAUAAUUUUGAGAGUUUCCAUGUGUUAGCAUAUGAAAUGCUAUACAAGUAGAUCAGUGAGAAGACAAUAGCUGUAAUAAGGUUCAUGGACAAAAAGCAUCUCAUCACUUUUGUAUCUAUCAGGUCAUUAUCUAUGGAACUUAUUUUUAUGCUCUUAACCUGUGUAGAGUCCUACAAUCUGACGAAGCAUUUGAAAUACUGUAUUCAUAAACUUCCUAACCAUAGUUAUGCAUGGGCAAGUUUUGCUGAAACCGAUAGCCUUUGCACACAUGUAUCAAACCGGGAGAAGAUGGGUUUGGGUUGGUAGUGGGCUGGGAAUUUUUCUGAUUGAUUGGAUUAAAGCUUGCCUGUAUAGUAUUUAUAUGAACUUUUGGCAAUGUAAUAUAUUUUUUAAAAAUUCUGUACAGUAUAAAUAUGUAAAAGUAUUUUUUUAAGAAGCUGAAUGAAAUGCAUAAUUUCUUGUGAAUGAUGUCUUUUCUGUUUAAUUUUGUAUACAUUUCCAUUCAUCUUCAAUUCCCAUAGCCACAUGGUAUUAUUAUAUUAGCAUACACUUUCCUUUUCGUCUUGAAUCUUGGGCACAGCGUUUCAGAAAUGUCCUCAGGUAGGACUUGAAUGUUCUUCCUCUUUUAAUGGAUCAAAUAAUGUAAUAAACGUAUGUAAAUUAUUGUGUAAAUAACCACAAUCUUGUACUGUCUAGAGCAAAGGGGGAGAGAUUGUCUUUUUGGAAAGUUGCUUUUUCACGUUUUGUUAAAAUGUUACUGUUAGGUAAUAUUUUUGGCUGUUCAAUAAAGUAUUCACCUUGUAUCACU